AUGUUCCACGACAUCGUUCACUUUCAGUCCCUCUCCUCCUGCGUUGGAAGCGCCUCCUGCGGAGUUGGCACGUCCUACGACACUGAUGGCAUCUACUUUGGUGCCACCAACAUCUCCAGCGCCAAUGUCGCUGAGUCCUGGUUGGCCGACUCUGAGAGCGCUGUAACCUUCAGCAUGAGCGGCAGCAACCAGGGCGCCUACAACAACUAUGCCGCCAUCAACACCUUCUGGUCUGACACCACCGCCAUGGACAACCUCCGUGGAGCCGACAUCACCGACCACAGCAUCGCUGGAUCCUUUGAGACCAUCGGAGCCAACACUGCUGCCAACAAUGUUCGCGGAGGCCACACCGUGCACACUGCCAGCGGCAACUCUGUCAGCUACGAGCAGCACUAA